UUCUGGUUAAUUUUUGCAAGAGAGAGAAGUUUUGUAUCGUUAUUUAGUCUUAAUUCACGCGAAUAAUGUUGUAAUUGCGGAAAAAUGUUGUAAUUUAACUGGCAAAAGUAUUAAGAAAUUAGACACGCAUCAAAACUCACCGAUACAUAAGGAAAAAGCACUCGACAAAAAAGUAUUGAACGACGCCCUUCACACACAAGAGAAGAAGAAGAAGACGAGAGAAAAAAGUAUUUUACGAUGAAUGAAGCAAACUCCACGAAUCCCGGGAACGACGUUGUGGUGCGAGGUCACGUCUUCGAGGUGGGACCCCGUUACACGAACUUGAAUUACAUCGGAGAAGGAGCUUAUGGGCUCGUUGUCUCCGCUUUCGAUUCAGUCACGAAGACCAAAGUUGCAAUUAAGAAAAUUUCGCCGUUCGAACAUCAAACCUACUCACAGAGGACCCUGCGAGAAAUCAAAAUACUUACCAGAUUCAAGCAUGAAAAUAUAAUCGAUAUUCGGGACAUUUUGCGUGUGCAAACCAUCGAUCAGAUGAAGGAUGUGUACAUUGUGCAAUGUCUCAUGGAAACUGACUUGUACAAGCUGCUGAAGACGCAGCGGCUCAGUAACGAUCACAUUUGUUACUUUUUAUAUCAAAUUUUACGUGGACUCAAGUACAUUCAUUCUGCAAAUGUAUUGCAUAGAGACUUGAAACCGAGCAAUUUGUUGCUUAACACAACUUGUGAUUUAAAGAUAUGUGACUUUGGUUUGGCACGCGUUGCUGAUCCCGAGCACGAUCAUACUGGAUUUUUAACUGAGUAUGUGGCAACGAGGUGGUAUCGGGCACCUGAGAUUAUGUUGAAUUCAAAGGGUUACACAAAAUCCAUUGAUAUCUGGUCCGUUGGUUGUAUUCUCGCCGAAAUGCUGAGCAAUCGACCAAUUUUCCCCGGAAAACACUACUUAGAUCAACUUAAUCACAUUUUGGGUAUUUUGGGAUCCCCCUCGCAGCAGGAUCUCGAGUGUAUUAUCAACGAGAAAGCAAGGAGCUACUUACAGUCGCUUCCGUACAAACCAACGGUACCGUGGAACAAGCUGUUCCCCAAUGCCGACGCAAAUGCCUUGGAUCUGCUUGGCAUGAUGUUAACAUUCAAUCCACACAAACGGAUUUCCGUCGAGGAUGCCCUUGCACAUCCGUAUCUGGAACAAUAUUACGAUCCAGCUGAUGAGCCCAUCGCCGAAGAGCCAUUCAGAUUUUCCAUGGAACUCGAUGAUUUGCCAAAGGAAACACUAAAACAACUGAUUUUCGAGGAGACUCUUAGAUUUUCAGCACAAAACGAUCCUAACUAAAAAGUGAAAAACAAGAAAAAAAAAACAUAUUUUAUUAUUAUUAUUAUUCUUACAAAAAAAAUAUUCCAAUUCUAAUUGUUAAUUAAGCGAAAAAUGAUAGAAAACAAACAAAAAAAAGCGACGUACAUACACAGGGAAAACAACAAAAAAAAAAUUAGGAUUACGUGAGAUUUUGCGUGUGGUGUGGAGGGACGACAAGUGUUAGCAACAUAAUUUAAGAGAAGGAUGUUAAGAGCUCAGUCACAUCAAAAUCCCCAAAAAACGAACAUUUCCCGAUAAACAAAGAAACAACAUCAGAUUAUUUUCUUUCUCUCAAAAAUUAUUACAAAAAAAAAAGUUUUUUCAAAAGAUUUUGAUGUUUAUGAUGUAAAAUUGUUUUAUUUUUUCGAAUUUUAGAAAAACACGUAAAUAAUAAGGGAGUUCAAUUAAAAAUAUUAUAAAUACAUAUAAACUUAUUGCCAUACCUCUUCCAAGUUUAUCAAUAAAAAAAAUUAAAUUUAAUCAAAUAAAAAACGAAGCAGCAACGAGUUUGUUGUGGAGAACAUUUGACAAACAAAAAAAAAUCUACAAGUCUUCAAACAAUUUUUAAACAUUAACAAAUAAUAAUAAAAUAAAAAUAAAGAUGACACCUUAAUUGAGCAACCUUAUUGGCCUUGUAAUUCCAUUCAGUGAAAUUUUUUCUAUAUGUGUCUGUGUCAAAUAAAAAACAACAACAACAACAAGAAAAAAAAUUUGCAUAUAUAUUAAAUGUUAAACUGACAUGUUUCAAGAGGAAAAAAUAACAAAAUGAAUCAAGCACAAGGUAGUGUUAUUUAAAAUUUUAAAAUAUAUUAGCAGAAUUAACUGCUUUAUUAAAUUGUUGUUGCAUUUACUAUAUUGUAAUUUUUGUGAUUCAUUAAUUAUUCUACGAUGAUGUUAUAAAAAUAAUAAUAAUUAUAAAACAAAGAAAGAGAUAA